AUGCUGUACUCCGUACCGACGAAAACCGCCGACACGGUAAGUGUACUCCAACAAGCGCCUGGAACUAUUAUCACCAGAGCACCUGAUGAAGUACAAUGGGCGUGCGGCGGCACCGAGCUGCCUCGAGCGUUCCCGAUGAAGACCAGAGCGGCAGCCUCGCGCGCUACUUCAGAAGCGUGCGUCUCCGGCGGAGUGCGAGACCCGACUGCACCUCGGCUGACGGCGCGGCCGCCGCGGCCCCCGCGCGCCGCCAGACGUCAGCUGACCGCUGCACCGGCCCUGACAUUGGCGCGCCCGCCGCCCCCCCGCUCGCGCCCGAGGUCAGCGACCCCGCCCGCCACCCCCGCGCGCACCCCCCACGCCCGCCCGCGCCGCGACGGCCGACGUCGUUCCCCCGCGGUGACAUUCACCAACUUCGGACGU